AUGACGGCCUUUAUGAGUGAAGUACACCAGUUUCUUCUGGAGAAUAUACAGACUGAGCAAGAUUUAAACUUGGAAAAUGUUACUCACUUACUAAAUGCUCAACACACAAAACAGACACAGUUAGAUUUGCAGCUUAAGCAACUUGAAGUUGAAACAAAAGCUAUAAUAUUGCAGUCUUUAAAUAAUGCUAAAUGCAACAAAGAUAUGCUUAAUGAUUUGGGUACCUCGUUAGAGGCAACCGAUAACGAUAUUGAUCAGUUUGUUGAAGAAACAGCAAUUGAUAAGUCAGCUAUUGAUCUGUUUGAACACCUCAAUACACUUGAAAACAAAUUGAAAAAAGUGGAUAUUGCCAAAAGCUAUUUGAAAGCCUUACUACUGGCUUCGGAACUGAGCACUCAGGCUAUGGAGUACGUUCAAAAUGAGCCAGAAAAAUCUAUAGAGGCGUAUGUACAGCUUGUAAGAUUUGAGCGUUACAUUCAAGAUCAUGGAACGAAACAAUAUGGAGAGUUAACCGAGCAUUUACAUAAAGUACAAACUCGUCUCCAAGAGGAUCUGACGGAUAUAUUAACGAAAGAAUUUAAAGAUCAGUUGGACGGGUUAUCAUGGCCAAUACCAAUCAGACCACCAUAUGGCCCACAGCUGAAAUCUAAGAUCAAGAGCUUUGAAAGGGCCUUUCAAAAUCUCCUACUUCUUCAAGACGCAAGCUGCGAAGGCAUCCAAGAGUCAGAUAAUUCUGCAAAGGACGAAAAUGAAGUAUCUUUACCCAUUUCGAUCAUGUUAGAAGGACUAUCGCUUCGAUUCAGAUAUCAUUUCGCAACAUCCAAACCAACCAACCGCAUUGAUAAGCCUGAAUGGUAUCUAACCCAUGUGAAAAACACAAUUGCAGCACACAUACCCUUCAUCAUGACAACAAUUCAGCCAAUUUUUACAUACUUGGAAGGAUCUCAAAAGGGAACAGAAAGAAGGGAAAGAAUUAAGAGGAAAGCUGCUAAGGAUCAAUUUAUACACGGGUUUUUACAGGAUGUGUAUAUGAAGUUACAGAAAACGAUGCCUAAGCUGCUAAGCCAACCGAAUUUAUUGAGUCAUACCAUUCACCAAGUGUUACAUUUCGAUAAAUCACUACAGGAAGAAUUUGCAUUUGAUGGAUACACACUUAUUUCCGACGUCAUUUUGAAAAACGCGAACUGGUUCAAUUCAUGGUUCGAUGCUGAAAAAGCAUUUGCCCAAACCAGAUACAAUGAAAUCAUGCUAGAUGGACAAGCAUUUGACAUUUAUGCCGAAGAUAGUUUUGAAAAGCCCGCCGGCCCACAAGAAGACAUCUCAGCAGCAAAGCUCAUUAAGCGUACUAGAUCCACUGUGAGGUUAAUUAACUUGCUAGAAAAUGUCACCAAUGCAUAUCAACUUGUCUCCGAUUUAGAGCAGAAAUUGAAUUUCUUUGUUGACAUACAACUUGAUCUGCUCGGGCAAUAUCAAAAAAGAAUAUCAGCAGCUAUUGAUUCUUUUGAAGCGCUCAGUCUGAUCCGUUCAGUUCCCGUUCCAGGAGCGCUUCCUGAAGCAGUAACAGGGGUAAUGACAGCAAACGAGGCAGGUGGGAUUGUUACAGCUUUGGAUCGAUUAUAUAAGUGGUGGACUAGUUGCCGAUCUAUAAUCCAAGUCUUGAAAGAUUGGACAAAUGAAGAGUUCUUCAUCACAAUGCAAUAUGAUAUCAUGCAUGGAUCCGAUUCGAUACAAAGUCUUGUCACAGAUCUAGAAUUAAGCCACCAAGCUAAUAAUUGUAUGAUACAUCUUUCUCAGUUGAUGCAUUCCCAGCAAGAAGAAGGAUUAUUCUCGGCAGCUAUUACAGCCUUUGAACAACUUAAUCUGCGGAUAGAGAAGAUUAUCGUCAAAAUGGCAAUGAAAGAGUGGACAAUCGAGGCCAAAAAAUACGCCAAAAAGGAUGACUGGUGGCAGCCUUCUUCUUCUGGUAAUGAUGGUAGCAUGGUUGAAAUUUCUGCUGAAUUAUAUCGACCUCUGCAAGAUUUAAGGUUGACGUGGAACUAUCUUUACAGUGUACUUCCUCAAUCAUAUUUUUUGAAUAUUUAUCGUAGAAUUUUAAAGGAAAUUGAAGAUUGGUAUUGGAAAAACAUUAUUACAACGACGCAGUUUUCAGCUGCAGGUGCAUUGCAGUUAGAAGCAGAUCUAAAACAAGGCUUGUGGAAAAUAGGUCAACGUUAUGUCUCCAAACCUGAAAAUUUUACAAAAAGAUUGAAGGAAGCCGUAUUGUUAUUGACGCUACCUUUCCCCUCUCCGAGAGCGAGUACGACCCAUGACAAUAUUAUGACAGAUUUGCCAUCUUGGGAUGUAUUAAUGAAAGCUUUAGCAGACCCGACUCAGUUAGACUCUAUUCAAGCAACGUUGAAGAAAAUGGACGUUGAAUUUAUGAGUAAUGGGCAGAUACGCGAAGUUUUACGACGAAGAAAUGACAUGUUAGAAAGUUGGAAUUAA